AUGAGAAACAACGUCUUAGUUUCACUAGUUGCGCUUUUGGCGGCUUGUGCUUGGGUACAGGCUGUCCCAGUGACAACUACGUUCUUUUCGGUGAAUCCAAAUGGUGCUACGAUAACACUGGUAUCCGUGUUUGAUCCAGCAACUCUCCCAGGAGCAGCACUAGCCAAUACAGCAACCACAGCAACUACAGCUACCACGCCAGCUACGCCAGGGAAGCCAGCUACCACACCAACUACAACAGCUACAACAGCCACACCAGCUACACCAGCUACCACUCCUACCACUACAACAACUCCAGGUGUAGCAGCAGCCGGAGUAACCACCGACACUACUACUGAUACAGACGUGACACCAAAGACUCCAGCUGCCGGUGCAGCAACAGACACAAAUACCGACACAGACGCAGCAGCAACCACCACACCACCAGCAGCUGCAGCUGCUGUUACUCCAACCACGGAUACAGAUGAAGCACAGGCAACUGCUAAGCCAGCAACCGGUACAAGACCAGAUCCUUCUACUUCUAGAACGCCUCUGAACCCAGAUGUGACUAGUGCAGAACCUAUUGAUACUUACGUGACUUUGACCUACGGAACAACGAAAACAGUUACAAGUAAGAGACAACCUACCAGUGGAAUGUGGGUUACUAUUACCAAAAACGGACGUACCACAGCUGUGCAGACUACUUGGAUCCAAAAAUUCAGCAGUCAGUACUCUAAACUGGCCGAACCCAGCUCGGGAAGUGUUGGCAUGGGAACUCUGUCGGGAUCCGUUGGUAUUGUGAAACCUAAAAUUGAAUCCACCAUUUCUAGUGCUGAAGCGUUCGUCUUCAGACCUGCAACUUCUUUCACAUCAGCUUUGAUCACCUUCUUGAUGUUAUUCAUCUAG